AUGAAGACACAGAAGUGGGAAGAACUAGACGUACAAUUGAGUAAUCCUGUACUGAAAACGCUCAAACGGUUAAAAUUUUUCAAUAUGACACCGGUUCAGGCAGCUUGUAUACCAUUAUUAUUGAAUGGUAAAGAUGUUGCGGCAGAAGCGGUUACUGGCAGUGGCAAGACACUUGCUUUUCUUAUUCCUCUGUUGGAGAUAUUACAAAAACGAACUGAAAAAUGGAAGACUAUGGAGAUAGGAGGGAUAGUAGUCAGCCCUACAAGAGAACUGGCUACACAGAUUAGUCAAGUUUUAGAAGAGUUUUUAAAGGAAAUUCCAUCAUUGAAACAAGUAUUACUAAUUGGUGGAGUGACGCUUAAGAAGGACAUAGAGAUAUUGAAAAAAGGCACAAAUAUUAUUGUUGCCACACCUGGUAGAUUGAAAGAUGUCUUAUCUAAUAAUAAUUCCAUCAAUUUGAGCCUUUGUGUAAAAUCUUUGGAAUUUCUUGUAUUAGAUGAGGCAGAUAGAUUACUAGACUUGGGAUUCUCUGCAACUUUAGAUAGUAUUUUAAGCUAUUUGCCACGUCUUAGAAGAACAGGAUUAUUUUCUGCAACACAAACGAAACAAGUGCAGCAAUUGAUUAGGGCAGGACUGAGAAAUCCAGCACUGAUUAUUGUGAAAGAAAAAUCUAAUAUCUCCACACCUGUAAAUUUAAAAAAUAGUUUUAUAAUUGUCCAUCCUGAGUACAAAUUAUCAGUAAUGAUAGAUUUUAUACGUUCAGUAGGAUUUCAAACAAAGUAUAUGAUAUUUUUACCUACUUGCGCGUGCGUGGAUUAUUUCAGUCGAGUUGUACAGAUAUUAUUACCAUCGAUAAACAUACUUGCUCUACAUGGUAAAAUGAAAGGCAGGAGAUAUAAAGUGUUUGAUAAAUUUCGAAAUGCUCAAAGUGGCAUUUUAAUGUGCACAGAUGUAAUGGCUCGUGGUAUCGAUAUAUCGGAAAUAGACUGGGUGUUACAAUAUGACCCACCUUGUAUGGCUAGCAGUUUUGUACAUAGAUGCGGUAGAACCGCUAGGAUUGGUAACGAAGGAAACGCAUUGUUAUUUCUUUUAGAAACAGAGAGUGCCUAUGUAGAUUUCAUUAAAAGAAAUCAAAAAGUCGAACUGCAUCAAAUGAAAAGGGAAUUGAAUAAGCAUACCAUUGAUGAAUGCUUACAGCAUAUGAGGCAAAUGCAACAAAAAGAUCGACUUAUGUUUGAUAAAGCUAACCGUGCCUUUGUUUCAUACGUGCAAGCGUAUAGUAAACACGAGUGUAAUUUAAUUCUUCAGUCGAAAGAUAUCGAUUUGGGAAAGUUGGCUAUGGGUUUUGGUCUUUUGAAAAUGCCUAAAAUGCCAGAGCUCAAAGGAAAGGACGUGUCAUCUUUCGUUGGCCCUGAAAUCGACGUAAACACAAUAUCUUAUGCACACAAAGACCGUGAAUUGCAUAGAAUAAAAAAAUUGAACGAAUAUCGAAACACUGGCGUUUGGACAAGUAAUCAGAAUAGAUGUAAACACAGAAAGCAAACUGAAUCCUGGUCUGAAACUAAAAAGAGAAAAUUCGAGAGACAGGAGAAACGAAGUAAACGAAAGGAAAAAAAAGAAUUGAAGCAACAAGUUUCAACCACUUGCAAUAAAAAGAAGAGGAGGAAACGAAUAAAUGAGGAAGAUAUCGAGCAAUUGGCGGAAGAUAUAGCAUUAAUUAAAAAAUUUAAAAAGAGAAAGAUAUCGCAAGAAGAAUUUGAUGCAGCUUUUCAAGUCUGAAAAUGUUAAUUACAAUUGCACAAUACAUGUUUGAAAUAUUAUUGAUCAAAAUUCUCAUUCUUUAAUUCUCUCACUUUCAAUGUAUGUGCUCUUACAAAUAUAUUAUACUAACACACACACAACACACGAAAUUUGGUAAUGUAAACGCACAAAUAGUACUUCCUUGCGAUUCCUUUCCUUUGAGUUCUUUACAAUUUUUUACCGAAUUUUUAUUGUAUUAUUUUUACACACAAGUAAAUCAAGUAUUAGAAA